AAGUACGUAAAUAAUCAAGUAACAUUCUCACGUGUUUUUACAUCUGAUUAGUAAUUAAACAUUCAAAUAUUAGUUUUAUGAUAAUUGUUAAAAUUUCUGAAAUUAUUAGUUAUAAAACAUAAAUAUUUUAUCGUUUUACAAUUAUUUAUAGUUUUAAUGUAACAAUUUAAAAAUUUUUCUUUUACAUACAUUGAAAAUACUAUUUUUUCGACCUUUUUGACUCAAAUGGACGUCAAUGCAAACAAUGUCAUUCCUUUGUCUAAAUUUUUAGACUAUAUAUAAUAAGGGGCUAACAAUGGGAUUAUAAAGUAUGUGCUAAUUAAAUUAGCUUUUAAGGAAAAUGAAUUGGGAAUUUCUAUAUAAAAUAAGGAUGAUACUAUAUAAUAAUUAUCUAAAAUUGAAAUUACAUUAUAUACAUGAGCAGUUUGAAUGCAUUUUCCAUAUCUUUAUCUUCAAUUAUUAGUUUUAACCACGUAGAUCUUUUUAUAUAAAUACAGAGUAAUACAUAGUUAGCAGCAUGGAGUAAAAUAAGUAUUAUAAGAUGGUCAUUAGGUUAAAUUUUCAAGAUUUUAUUAUAUUUAAAAGGUUACUGGUGCAUUGGCAGAUAAGAAUUUUCGGACUUUUAUUUUUAAUUAUAUUAAUUUUAUUUAUAUGGGACUCAUUUUUUUUAAAUGACAAUCAAACGGAUGAGCAGAAAAAAUAUACAGAUAUGACUGAUAGAAUGUCGUCUUUUAUUAUGGAUAUGAUUUACAAUUUAAAAGCAUUUAGAAAAGAAAAUUCACUAAUGUUCUGUAUUGGUAUGUCGCUGGUAUUUUUCAUUUUAAAUGUGAUUGCAAGAAAUGUAUCAGGUUAUUUAUUUUGCUAUAUAUUAUUACUGCUAAGUUUUUUCAUACCAUUAGCAAUCAAAUUACUACCAGAAGAAACUAAAACAUCCAUGAGGAACAUUAUAAAGUCUACUUUUAAUAUCAAAGGGUCUGUGGCUGAAGAAGAACUGGUUCCUUCUUUAUAUGAUUCUCAUGUAGAAAAUAGGGAUGCUGAUUUAGAAAGUUUAUUAACUGAUCGAACUGCAGAUUCAGCAUCAAAUUCCUUAGCUAGUGGUAUUACUACAAUGCCAUCGUUUCUAGACAUGGCUGAAGUCGAGAAAGAUAUCGAAGAAGAAGACCUACUCCCACCUUAUUCUCACAGUGAUAUAUCCAGUGAUUCUGAUGUUGAACACAAAGAAUUAAAUAUCGAUUCACUACAUUUUAAUGAAGAUAGUAGUUCCUCCGAAGAAGACAAAUUUUUAGAAAAAAAUACAAGUUUUCCUAUAGACUAUGUGGAUGAUUCAAAUAGUUCAACAUUUGCUAAUGUACAAACAAAUAUUGAUAAAAUAGGUAAUUUAGUAUCAAAUGUGUGGAGUUACGCCCAGUCCAUAAGAAAGACGGACAUUAAAAGAGAGAAUAGUAGCAGUGAUAGUGAAUUUGAAUUCGUAAAUUCAUCAGAUAUCAAAGAUUAGUUAUAGAAUUAGUAAUGUAAAUGUGAUGAACCCUGUAUCAAGUCUUUGUAGCAGCUUAUGAGGAACGCUUUCUAUUAGUAUUAAAAAAUAGUAACAUUUCGUUGCUACUUAAAACAAUAAUAAUUAUUUCGUUUGAGCUCUGUCUUUAUUAAAACUAAUUUUUGAA